UUUACUCCUUUUAUGGGAGUUAAAUAAUUUAAAUAAUUACUCAGAUAUCAUUUAGAUGACAAAACAGUUAUUUUGUAAUAUUAUUUUAUCAUAACAUCGUAAUAUGAGUCAUUGUUUACAAUAUUAUUCUGAACUGCGUUAAGGUUAUGUUUAUGAAUGUUUGGAGUUUUUACUUCUAUCAGCAUUUAAUGAUUAAUCAAUCAUAUGGAGGAGUUUAGAAUAUUUUAUUUUAAUUAAUUGAAAAUUAUUUUUACACUUUGGUUGAAAUGGAUCGUGAUAAUCCUGUUAUUUAUGGCCUAGAGUUUCAAGCCCGAGCACUAUCAGCACAAAACGCGGAAACAGAUAUCGUAAGAUUUCUAGUCGGAACCCAAUCACUAAAGUUCGCCAGCAAUCAGAUACACUUACUAGAGUUGAAUGAUGAAACAAAUACUCUUAAAACCCAAGUUUACCAUCAUGAUGUUGGAGAAGUGUGGUCAUUGCAAGCAUCUCCAACAGAUCCUGAUAAGUUCAUCACAUCUUACAAUACAAUGGACAACCAGGGGUUGUGUGUGAUGAGAGGAGCGCUCUGGAAGCUCCCGGAGCUUGGAGAAUACACUAAUGAAGUAGAAAGCAUGGAGAAGGUAUCAGAUAUUGAUACCACGAUCCAUGGAGCUGAUUUAAGGACCAUUGUUUAUCAUCCAACAGAAAGUAUUAGAGCUGUUGCGGUUGUUGAUAAUCAUUUUGUUUUAUGGAACUUGGAGGGACCAAGUCCUCAGCCUUCCACCAUUGGAACACUGACUAGUAAAAGCCAGCCACGUUUCACGACUGGCAAAUGGAACCCUCAUAACGGAUGUAAUCAAUUCGUUACUCUAAAUGAUAAUAAUGUAAGAGGAUGGGAUCUUAGAACACCUUCUAAGGAAGCUUGGACUAUCAUCCCUGCUCACUGCCAAAUAGUCAGAGACCUAGACUUCAAUGUAAAUAAACAAUACAUCUUGUCAACAUGUGGAGAUGAUGGAUACAUGAAAUUCUGGGACAUCAGAUCUCCAGCUGAACCAAUAAUGGCUAGAAUGGAACACUCGCAUUGGGUUUGGAAUAUAAAGGUUAAUAAAUUCCAUGACCAGUUGGUGUUAACGUCAAGCAGUGAUUCGAGAGUUAUUUUAUGCAGUAUUCCUUCAGUCUCCUCUGAACCUUUUGGUCCAAUCAGUCACGAUGAUGAUAAUUCAUUGAACCAAUCAAUUAAUGGAACCAAAUUAGAAGAUGGAGUGAUUGGGAAAUAUGAAGAGCAUGAAGAUAGUGUUUAUGCUGUUGAAUGGUCUUCAGCAGACCCUUGGACAUUUGCGUCAUUAAGCUAUGACGGUCGACUGGUCAUCAAUAAAGUGCCGAGGAAAUAUAAAUAUAAGAUUCUUUUAUAAAUAUAUUAUUAUUAAAUUAAUUUAAAUAAAUUCUGGAGAAUGAA